GUGGCUUUCCGAGCCUGGCGUUUCUGUGCUCUCAGUUUCAUUAUUACGUGGUCGGUAUCUUCUGACCAGAAUGUCGAGCGUGGAAGGUGCCAGAGUGCCGGCCACCUCAGUAGAGGUGAGGGAGAGCGACGCUGCUCGCGUGUCUGGUGCCAGGGCUGGGACAGGCACUCCAACAACAGCGACACCCCCGUGGCCCGCCGCUCCCGCCCUGCUCCGCCCACGGAGUCCAGCGGCGGCCGCGGAGCGGAGGCGCCCCGCUGAGGAUGUUGUGACCUUUGAGGAUGUCACGGUGUAUUUCUCCAGGACAGAAUGGCGCCUCCUUGAUGAAGCUCAGAGACUCCUGUACCUUGAUGUGAUGCUGGAGAACUUUGCUCUUAUAUCUUCGCUGGGUUGCUGCUGUGGAGCAGAGGAUGUGGAGGCACCCAGUGAACAAAAGUCGAAGAAUCCAAAGGCAGCUUUGUCUUCCCAGAAGAGCCACCCCUGUGAGAGAUGUGGGCCGGUCUUGAGAGACAUUUUCCUUCUGGUUGACCAGCAGGGAAUACAACACAGCUCGACCCUGCUGCAGUGUGGGGCAUGUGCAAAACCAUUUUAUUUCAGUGCACAGAGUCACCAGCAGCAGGAACAGGACACAACACAGAAUGGUUUCAUAAGCAGUGUGGACAGUGUCUCACUUGGAAAGAGCUGCAAUUCCCAUAUGACAUGGAAUCCUUGUACCUCCAGCCAGGUUGGAAAAGACUUCACCAUCACCUCAGGACAUCUUGAGCAACAGGAUACUCACACCAUGAACAGGGCAAACAAAAUCUCUCAGUCUGGAAUGACUUGUCAAAAGUCUGGACUGACAAGUACAAAAUACUAUGAUAACCCAGGAGAAUGCAAGGAAGCUUUUGGCUUUGAUGACACAUUUGUUGAAGAUAAGAAUGUCAUUACAGGAGGACAGUGCUUUGUGUGUUGUGAAUGUGGGAAAUCUUUUACCAAUAUCUCUGACCUCCAUAGCCAUCAGAGAGUUCACAUUCCAGAAAGGCCUUAUGAGUGCAGUGAAUGUGGGAAAUCUUAUACCUGGAGCUCUGCCCUCCGUAGACAUCAGAGAGAUCACAUUGGAGAAAGGCCUUAUGAAUGUGGUGAAUGUGGUAAAUCUUUUCCCAUAAGCUCUGCUCUUCGUAAUCAUCAGAGAGUUCACAGUGGAGAAAGGCCUUAUGAGUGUAGUGAAUGUGGUAAAUCUUAUACUAGUAGUUCUGACCUCCACAGACAUCAGAGAGUUCACACUGGAGAAAGGCCUUAUGAGUGCAGUGAAUGUGGGAAAUCAUUUACCAGGAGCUCUAACCUUCAUAAGCAUCACAGAGUUCACACUGGAGAAAGGCCUUAUGAGUGCAGUGAAUGUGGAAAAUCAUAUACCAGGAGCUCUGCCCUUCGUAACCAUCACAGACUUCACACUGGAGAAAGACCUUAUGAGUGUGGUGAAUGUGGGAAAUCUUUUACCAUUAGCUCUGUUCUUCGUAAUCAUCAGAGAGUUCACACUGGGGAAAGGCCUUAUGAGUGCAGUGAGUGUGGAAAAUCUUUUACUUGGAGCUCUGCCCUUUUUAACCAUCAGAGAGUUCACACUGGAGAAAGGCCUUACGAGUGCAGCGAUUGUUCAAAAUCAUUUCCCAGUAGCUCUCUUCUUCGUUAUCAUCAGAGAGUUCACUCUGGAGAAAGGCCUUACGAGUGUGGUGAAUGUGGGAAAUCUUUUUCUAGUAACUUUGCCCUUCGCUGUCAUCAGAGAGUUCACACUGGAGAAAAGCCUUAUGAAUGCAGUGAAUGUAAGAAAUGUUUUAGACAAAGCUCUGCCCUUUUUCAGCACUAUAGGGUUCAUUCGGCAGAGAAACCUGUAUGAGUAUGGUUAAUGU